AUGUUUACGAGCAAGCCACUUGGUGUUUUGUACUUCAUGUGUUUAUUUCUGACUCCAAUUCAAUCACAAGACAAUGCAUGUUCAUCACGGGCACCUCUCCCGGCUGGGAGUGGCCCAAUACCAACGCCAGACACACCAUCCGCCUUCUACGCCCUGUCAGCUAUUCAAGAUGCAUCGAACAAUGCCAUGACACCAGCCAACUACACGCUUGCAUACUCGAACCUCCAUGCCAGCUCCAGCGCUGAGGGCUACCAAGGGUACUCGACGCUGUCCAGCUAUAAUGUGACCGAAUGUGCUCGCUCCUGCGAGCUCAAUGAUCGUUGCGUUGCAUUCAACAUUUUCUUCGAAAGAAGCCCUUCGGUGGUACCAGGCGACGAAACAUGUACGAACCCACCAUCGACUACUCUAAUCAAGUGUGUCCUGUGGUCUUCCGAGGUCUCUGCAUCCAACGCAGUCAACGCAGGCCAAACUCGCAGCCAAUUCGAAGUCGUAAUCGCAGGCUCAAACGGCUACAACAAGCGCAAACCACCACCAGAGCCAGGUUAUCUCGAGCCCGUCAACCUCGGCAAACGAGCCAUCUCUGCACCCACAUGCAAUGAUGGAGUGCGAACAGGCAUCACUCAGAUAUUCACCUCCACAACCGACCCAUACAACGUCACAAGAGCCGCUCAAUGGUGCGACACGCAGUAUACCAGAACUCGCCCGUGCUAUUUCUUCAACUGUUAUCUUGCUACUUAUGCUUCUGGACCGCAGACAGGACGGGUAUUCGGACAGAUCUGCGACUUGUAUUCCACACCGUGGGGUAAGGAGUACGCUACAAAGACACAAACCCGUUUCGAUGGGCCAACGCUGGAUGUCUCGCACAGCUUUUCGUACACGUCAAGCGAUGCCCCGGCUGCUUGUGCUGCGCCGCCACCAGCUUAG